AUGGGCGGCGGCGACGCCUCCAGGGGCGUCAAGGGCAAGCCCGUGCACGUGGUUGUCGAGGAGUCGACCGCCUCCCUCGUCUUCCGCUGGUUCAAGUUCCUGGCCUCGUUUGUCGUCUUCACCUGGCUGUGCUUCUCUGCCGUCACCAUCCUGAUCGAGGUCCUCAGCUCCUUCCGCCGCCCGGGCACGGCCAAGAACGACUCCGAGGUGACGUCGGAGAAGCAGACUGCCCGCUUCACCGACGUGCACGGCUGCGGGGAGGCCAAGGACGAGCUCCAGGAGGUGGUCGAGUUCCUGCGUCACCCCGAGGAGUUCUCCGACCUCGGUGCCAAGCUGCCCAAGGGUGUCCUCCUGGUCGGCCCUCCCGGCACCGGAAAGACGCUGCUCGCGCGCGCCGUGGCCGGCGAGGCCGGCGUCCCCUUCUUCUACAUGUCCGGUAGCGAGUUCGACGAGAUCUUCGUGGGCGUCGGCGCCAAGCGCGUCCGUGACCUGUUCAGCAACGCCAAGUCCAAGUCCCCGGCCAUCAUCUUCAUCGACGAGCUCGACGCCAUAGGCGGCAAGCGCAACCCCCGCGACCAGGCGCACGCGAAGCAGACGCUCAACCAGCUGCUCACCGAGCUCGACGGCUUCGACCAGGACGCCCGCAUCGUCGUCAUCGCCGCCACCAACACGCCCGACAUGCUCGACAAGGCCCUCGUCCGGCCGGGCCGCUUCGACCGCCACGUCAACGUCGACCUGCCGGACGUGCGCGGCCGCAUCGACAUCCUCAGGCACCACGCCAAGAAGCUCAAGCUGUCCCCCGACGUGGACAUCGAGGCCAUCGCCGCCCGGUCCCCCGGACAGUCCGGCGCCGAGCUGGAGAACAUGCUCAACGUGGCCGCGCUGAGGGCCAGCAGGGCCAGGGCGUCCGUCAUCUCCAAGGCGGACAUCGAGUGGGCCUUUGACCGCGUCACCAUGGGAUCGGAGAGGCGGUCGAUGGUGAUCACGGAGAAGGAGAAGGAGAUGACGGCCUACCACGAGGCCGGCCACGCGCUGGUCCAGCUCUUCGACAAGGAGAGCUCGUCCAGGCUGUACAAGGUGACGAUCCUGCCCAAGGGUCCGUCGCUGGGCCACACGGCCUUCGUGCCCCAGAUGGACAAGUACUCGCACACGGCUUCGGAGUACAUGUCCAACAUCCGCGUCGCUCUCGGUGGGAAGAUGGCGGAGGAGCUGCAGUACGGAGACGACAAGGUGACGAGCGGCGUGUCAUCGGACCUGGAGAAUGCCACGGACCUGUGCUUCGCCAUGGUAGCCAAGUUCGGCAUGUCCAACAUCCUGGGCCCGGUCGAGUACGGGAAGCGAUACGAGCACCUCAGCUCGGACACGCGAUUCAAGAUCGAGACGGAGGUGAUGACCACGCUGAAGAAGUCGUACGGCGACGUCAAGGAGCUGCUGACGGUCAAGAGGAAGGAGCUCGACCUGCUCGCCCAGGCGCUGGUCAAGUACGAGACGCUCGACAAGGCCGAGGUAGAGAAGGUGAUACGCGGAGAGCCGCUGCCGGAUCGUCCGGUCUCGCCUCCCGGCCCGAUGUUCAUACCCAUCCCGGCCGACUCCCCCGUGGAUCCGUUGGGGACCGGCGUGCCGCAGCCGCAGGGUGAGACGGACGCGCCGCCCCCGGUGGCUGCCGGGUCGUCGGGACGUAUGGACGGUUGA